CCGCGAGUUAAUACAUUCAUUGCCAUGGAACACUUCUGUUUCCUGGUCAUCCUCCCACUCCUUGGCUUGGCCAUGGCCUUGCAGUUGACCGCCCCAUGUCAAGCUACGCAACCUCAGCCACAACCGAUCUAUGACACAGAAGAUCAUGCGCUAACAGGUGACAACUUCUACAAUCUCAUGCCGGUGGACCUCUUACUGAAUGGUCAAUGUGUUAACCAUAGCUCUAUAUGGAAGUCCGGGUGCCCUAGGAACGUGAAUCUGGCACUAUGCGACGACUCCACCAGCAGUAGAAGCGUGGCUGUGUCGAUCAAGCUGGCGGCGGCGACCAACGGCUCCGACAAGGAGGCAUCACCCCGCCUCUCGACUGACGUCGUGAUCGAAUUCGGCGACACCGUCAACAAGUGCAAGCAGCGUCUCCAAUGGUACGUCGGCGCAGGUAUCACGCAUAAUUUGCAUGUGACCGUCGGCCACUUCAUAAAUACGGAGGGGAGCGACGUGCUGACAGAUGGCAGAGACCAAAAGUUCAUUUUUCGCGUCGAGAGGUAUCACGGCGCAUACAAGCUGACAUCGUGCUACGCCCCGGGGUGCAAACAUGAGCCGUGCGGUUGCCGUGAUCUGGUGUUGUACAAAUAUAACAAAAAGUGGUGGCUGGUUGUUAAGGAAAAAGGGUGGCAGGGGCUGCCCCUGGUGGUUGUGUUCGAAAAAUGUCCUAGGCCGUGCUUUCCUCCUAAGGGCCUGCCUCACGAGUAAUCUUGUAGAGUUAUGUACUAGUACUACUAGCUUGCUAGUUAACCGAUCAUUACCAAUAAUAAAUAAUGGUUUUGCUAAUUCA